AUGGGCGGCGGCGAUGGCGGCGGCGGUGCCACCGCGAGGAAUUUCCUCGCAGGAUCGGAGGAGGACGACGCCACGCCGGAACCCGGCCAGGCGAAUCCCUGAGCCUCCGACGACGCCACGAACGCUUCCAUCAUCGAGCUGCUCUCAUCCGUCCACAGAUUCAUCGAACGAAUCGGCGCCACCCGCAGGUGGCGUGCAGCGACGCCGCUUGCCGGAAGGUGGCGGCGGAGGAGGAGGAGGAGGAGGAGGCGGCGGCGGCGGCGAUUGGAGAGAGCAAGAAGGGGAAAGCAGCCAACGCCGUGGUGAUGGUGGUGGUGGUGACGGCGGUGGCGUAAGACGAUAG